GGCGCACUGCUCCUCAGAUCCGAUGUCAUUGGAAAACAAGCUUGCAACCAUCUCUAUCUCACUGGUGACGAGCUUGACAGACGACACAGGAACAAAUCAUCAUAAUGGUGGAGAUCAGUGCCACGCAAGCUGUCCAGCUUCUUCAGCGGAGGCGCAUGCAGAACAGGCAGUCGCAGCAGCGAUAUCGAGACAAGAUGCGUCGUGCCAAGGGCUCGUCCCCGAAUGCCGACAGCAGCUCAUCGUCCUCCGGGUCGGAGACUUCGCCGCCGUGUAUAAGUAGCAAUCCCGAGAAAAGGAGUGUGGUCGUGUACCAAGAGGCUACCCUGCCCUUCUACGGAAGGCUGUCGCGGAUGCUGGACCCAGCCAUCGAAGAUCCGAAGCCCCUCGUGCCGCCUCCUCGGCUCGACCUCAGGCUCAGAGCUCAUGCUUUUGUCGAUGUGGUUCCAAGAAUGGCAAAAGCUUUCAAUGUGUCGACAGAUCUCAUCACAGACAAGACAGUAUUCAUCGAUCCAUCACGGUCUUGGCAGCAGCAGGACACCGUGUACUACACCUCGUCGACCGGCGAAGCCUUCACGCCUUUCCUCUGGAGGGACAAGCCGAGCACAAUGGCACCGACACUGGUGCAACUCACAAAGUCGCAUCCCAUAGGUCUCUCCAUCGCAUUUCCAUGGCCUUCGGUCCGCGAUAAGAUGAUCGAAAAGGUCGAGAAGGCGGGACCUGGAGGCGCCUUGUGCCAUGACCUCUCCUAUGGCGGUGGUGACGGUGCCGAUUGGCAGCCCUCUUUUAUCAUUUGGGGCGAGGAUGUAUUUGAUCACACUAGCUGGGAGGUCAGCCAGUACAUCUACGGAAAGUAUUCCUCUAUGUUUGAUCAGCAGAUUGUAGACCAGACCAAUUGGUGGCGGCGCAAGCGCGGCUUGCCUGCCCUUACACUGUAGCCUCGAUACCACUUCUCAUUUCUGCAAUGCCACAACACAAGUGAAAC